UUGACUUCCUAUUAUUGUUGUUAAAUGCUCAUGAGAAUAACACUGGGUUCGGUCUGAUUCAGUGACAUGAACAAGAUCUAAACAGAGACACACAAUAAGAUCUUUGAGCUUAAGUCUACGUUUUAGGUUACGUUUUAUCACCUUGGACGACCCUUUAGUGUUUCCUCCAAGAUGGUGUAUUGUCCUUUCUACAAGGAGGCAAACUUCAGCGGUAUCCCAUCCAACCAAACAACCAAGGCCACGUCUAUAAAUGUGUUCACCAUCACUCUCCAUGGCUUGUUCUCUUCCGUCGGCAUCAUCGAAAACCUCCUCAUCCUCGGAGUGGUCGGCUUUCACGUCCGCCGCUCUGUCAUCAGCGUCUGGAUCCUGAACCUUGCCGCCUCUGACCUGCUGGCCACCGCCUCUCUACCCUUCUUCACCCUCUACAUGGCCCGCGGCAACACCUGGACGUUGGGCACGACCUUCUGCAGGAUCCACUCCUCUAUCUUCUUUCUCAACAUGUUUGUGAGCGGCUUCCUGCUGGCGGCCAUUUCUUUGGACCGCUGCUUGGUGGUUCUGAGACCCGUCUGGGCCCAGAACUACAGGAAUAUCCAGCUUGUUGGGAAGAUAUGUGGGGUGAUUUGGGCUUUGGCUGUUGUCUUCACUAUCCCCUUCUACAUAUUCCGGGAUACCAUUGCCCUACCUGAUGGCAAGAAGUGUUACUACAAUUACGCUCGGCAUCUCCCAAACGAGCCCUUUGACCUGGGACACCUGUGUCAGCAGCGAAAGGUGGCCUUGGCCUUCAUGAGACUCUUAGCCUUCUUGAUCCCUCUGCUGAUCAUAAUCCUCAGCUACGCUGCCGUGAACCAAGGCUUGGCACGCCGAGGCUGCCGACGCCCUUUCCGUUUCGUCCGUCUCGUGGUGGCCGUGGUGGUGACCUUCAUACUCUGCUGGGCUCCGUACCACUUAUUCAUCAUCAUGGAGGCGGUGGCGCCAAGCAGGCAUCCUGCACAGAGAUUUGCAGGCAAGGCGCUCCCAUACGUAGCGACCAUUGGCUUCCUUAACAGUGUCCUUAACCCCAUCCUGUAUGUGUUCAGCUGCCCAGACCUGCGUAACAAAAUCCGUCAUUCUCUGGGCGCCGUGAUGGAGAGUGUGCUGGCUGAGGAUCUGGCAGAAUUGGCCCGACGCCGCAGCACCGCUCGGUCCCUUAGCACCAAUGAAUUCAUGUUGAAGCAGAAAAAUUCUGUCAAUGCCUUGGGUGUGAAAGACAAGGAGACAGAGCAAGAAGAAACUCAGAAUUAAAUAAACACAUGGUAACUUCAAGAGCAGUUUUUGUUUGUUCUGUCCUGCAUAGAAGCAGCUUUUCUUUGAAAAGGCCAAGAUCUUUAUAUGUUCAAGAGAGACCUUUAAUUGUGAUUUCGUUGUCUUCUUACCAUCAUUUGUUUUUUUAGCUUAACUUGGUUAUCGAUGCUGAUGCAAACCUUGAUCCUAUAUCCUUCAAAAAAUGUUUGGACCCAACGCUUCCUGCACAGAUGUUUUGGAUAGAAAUAUCUGCAGUCGCUGUAAAAUUUUACACCACUUUAUUGUGCUUUGCAAAUUAGCCAAACUCAACAGCGCUGAGCAUACAGUAUAUAUGUCCAAAUAAGGCUUGGUGAUGGAUGAAACAGUCAGAUUUCAAUCGGACCAAAUAUCAUAGAUAU